GGCGGGGCCCGUCCCGGAAGUGGCGGCGGCGGUGGCUGCAGCGUCGGGGGCGACGAGCAAGGAUUCCCGAGCUGAGGAAGAGUUGGUGUGGAAAGGGGGCGAUAUGGCCGUGAACCUGAGUCGGAACGGGCCGGCGCUGCAGGAGGCCUACCGGCAAGUGGUCACCGAGAAGUCCCCCACGGACUGGGCCUUGUUUACUUAUGAAGGCAACAGCAAUGACAUCCGUGUGGCUGGCACUGGAGAAGGUGGCCUGGAAGAGAUGGUGGAGGAACUAAACAGUGGGAAGGUGAUGUACGCUUUCUGCAGGGUGAAGGACCCAAACUCUGGCCUACCCAAAUUUGUCCUUGUCAACUGGACAGGUGAAGGCGUGAAUGAUGUGCGGAAGGGGGCCUGUGCCAACCACGUCAGCACCAUGGCCAGCUUUCUCAAGGGGGCUCACGUGACCAUCAAUGCUCGAGCCGAGGAGGACGUCGAGCCGGAAUCCAUCAUGCAGAAGGUCGCCAAAGCUUCAGGGGCAAACUAUAACUUCCACAAGGAGACUAGCCGUUUCCAAGACUCAGGCCCCCAGGCGCCAGUGGGCUCUGUGUACCAAAAAACCAACGCCGUGUCGGAGAUCAAAAGGGUUGGUAAAGACAGCUUCUGGGCCAAAGCAGAGAAAGACGAGGAGAAUCGGCGGCUGGAGGAGAAGCGACGGGCUGAUGAGGAGCGUCAGCGAUUGGAGCAGGAGCGCAGGGAGCGGGAUCUGCAGGAGGCAGCCAACCGGGAGCGCCGCUACCAGGAGCAUGCCCACGAGAUUGAUGCCCAGAGGAAGUAUGAGCAGGAGCAAGAAAAGAUUUCAAAAGAGCAACAGGAGGCAGCAUCUCCUCGGCCAACAAACCCACGGGAUAUUUUUAAGCAGAAGGAGAGAGCCAUGUCCACCACCUCCAUCGUGGCCCCUCCGCCAGGCAAGCUUCGGAGCCCCUUCCUGCAGAGGCAGCACACUCAGCCAGAAGUCUCUGUUACCAGAGAAGCCGCCCCAGCUUCCCCAGGGCCUGCAACAAAUCUCCCCAUGCAGCAGGGCCCUGGGGCUGCCCCUCAUCCUCCUGGGCCAGUGGAAGAAGAAAACUUGUAUGAGGAGCCCCCACAGGUAGAGGAAGAGGCUGCCUAUGAGUACACUGACCACUACAAGCCAGGGCCCGAGCUGGGCCAGAAGGGGCUCUGUGCCAGGGCCCUGUAUGACUACCAGGCUGCCGAUGACACGGAGAUCUCCUUUGACCCCGAAAACCUCAUCACUGGCAUCGAAGUGAUCGACGAGGGCUGGUGGCGCGGCUACGGUCCAGACGGUCACUUUGGCAUGUUUCCUGCCAAUUAUGUGGAGCUCCUCGAGUGAGGGCCGCCCGUUGCUGCGGCCCGGACUCUCCAGGUCAUUCCCUCGCUCUGCCGACGCAGCACAUUCCCUGCCCUGGUCGUGAGGACUGGGGCGGCACCGCCUAACGAGACCCAGGGGGCUGGGGGGGACGAGGGGGCCUGUGAGCCCCCAUUCCCCACAAGGUGUUUUCUCUUGGCUGAAGCAGCCAGGUGACCCCAUGAGGUGCCUUUCCAGGCUUUGGGGCCCCUUCUGCUGGCCUGAAGUUUGAUCUGUCUCCACAAUUACAGCAAUAACCUGGUGAUUUCACAUCCUCAGAGGGAGGCCUGGGCCCAUCGGGCUCACUAGUGUCCCCUAAACUUCUAUCCCUGUUGGUGAUUAAGCCAAGCCCUCUUCCCCUUCACAGCCUCUGAGCCCUCCUGGCUUUGAGGGGGAGAAGUAGCUGGGAGCCCUCAGCUUCCCCAGCCCCUCCGGGUCUCCUGGGGUAUCCCAAGGGGUGAGGCCGAGUCCAGCCCUCACCUCGUUUUCCUUCUGCUUUUAAGGGGUGAUGGCAGCAGCGCUUGUUACCAGAGACCUUUGGGUGGAGUGAAUCUAGGAAGUGUUUUUAUUUUUCUAUGUGACCAAAACCAGCCUGGUUAUCAUGGUUUGGAGGCAGUUUGGGGUUUGGUUUGGGGUUUGGUUUUGUUUUAAUCUGAUGCUCUCUCCAUUCCAUUGUUUCCUUGGCCCCGGUGUGUGGGCCAGGGAGAACCUGGCUUACACCAGUGGAGGACAUGAAUCAAAUGUGUGAAAAUUUCUGCAAACACGACACACCCUUCAAUGUGA